UCUUCUUUACUUUGAAAAGCCUUUCAAAUAAGCAGCAAUUAUUUUUUACUUCAUGGGCACUUUAAGCAAACUGUGACUCUAUCUAAACAAAAUCAUGUUAGAAUGUUAUAUCUUCCAUUUAUACCUGUAUAUAAGCUCCUUUUUAAAAUAUUCCUACCUUAAUUCAAUAAAACUGUGUAGCUUGAAUAUUCCUUCAUAAACUACAUUAAGGUUCGCAAAUUCUCAGAAGUUAUCCGCAUAAAACACAACCUGAAAGUUUAUGGAAAUCACAUGCAAAUGUAAUUUGACACCUUGUUGUUAUUAAUAUUCACCCGCGAACAUUGAUUGAGGAAACCAAAAGUGAGAGAUUUCUCGUUCAUUUUGAAAGGUAUAUAGCCUGAAAAGUUCGUGAGAAUCUCUGCAAACAAUAGGAAAGCUGUUUUAUUUAAAUAAGCAAUUUUUUAAGUUUUGUGCGGGAUUCUGUGGCCAGAAUCAUUUUGUGGGUUUUGGAGAAUUGUGUGUUAUGUAUUGCAACCAAGAGCCUGUAAGCAUGCUUAAUAUUUGAAAAAUGUUCUACUCUUGCAGAUUUAACCACUCUAUGUAGGCCGUACGAGAGCCGUGAAAUCCCUUGACAGCUAUUUCUGUCAACAGUUACGCUCAGUGAUGAGCUAGGCCUGGGUACAACAAUACAAAAGUGUCAGGUGUUACACACUCGUAGUGAACUUCAUUGUGACGGCUUUCUUCGUGUUUGCCUUUUUGUCACGUUUUCGGCAUGUUUACUGUGAUUAUGGAAGAACAUAUGUAGGUUAUACCCAGGCUGUUUUAUGAAGCUCGAAUAGGAGUAGAAGUUUUCAUAGAGCACUAUGCCUCUAUGCUUUAAUCACUGAUCACUUUGUACUUCUUCUCUGGCAUGUACAUAUAAAGCAGUGGCAUAUUGCCAUGGUUACCAAUGGGGUUUAGUCUGUUGUAGAAGUUUUUAUUAAGCCCUAUGCCUGAACUCCUUCAGUAACGAUCAUUUCUACAUAAUAAACUCUACGGCUCUACAAUAACACAUACGUAAAUAAUAAACUCUACAGCUCUACAAUUCUAAUGUACCAUAGCUCUACAGUUCUACCGCUCCACUAUCACACAUAUCUAGAUAAUGAACUCUAUGCCACUACGGUUCUAUGGCUCUACGAUCACACCUAUCUAGAUAAUAAACUCUACGCCUCUACAAGUCUGUGACUCUACAGCUCUACAAUCACACAUUUCUAGAUAAGGAACUCUACUCCUAUACGCUUCUAUGCUUCUACAGCUUUACAGCUCUACGGCAUUACAGCUCUACAUCACUCAUGUCUACACUACUAAUGAACUGAAGGAAAGUAAUAUAUAUAUGGUUGUGCGAAUGUACUGAAGGAAAGGCAAAUGUACGACUGUACUAAUGUACUGAAGGAAAGUAAAAUAUACGGUCGUACUAACGUACUAAAGGAAAAAAUAUACAUAAUGCUAACAUUUAGAAGGAAAUGCAAAUAUACGGUCACGUAAGGAAAGUAAAAUAUACGGUUAUACUAACAUACUGAAGGAAAGUAAAAUAUAUAGUUUUAUUAUAUGGCAAGGUAGUCUUGAGGUAAAUCCAAGCAUUCUGAUUGGUUCUUUCUUGGUCGGAAUUUUGCCGUACGGACCAUUUCUAUGGAAACUGUGAUAGGUUGUGUAUUUUUUUGUUUUCGAGAGCCAGCAAAUUCAAAAUUUACAACUAAAACUACGGAAAGAAAAUGUGUAAAUACUCUCAUUCUUCACAAAGAAACUAGCUAAAAGACUGAUAUUUUACAGAGCUUACAACAUGGACGAGGAAGAUGAAUAUUCACCAAGCGAAUUUUAUUAUCUUGAAGAUCUGGAAACAUCUGAUGUAGAAACUGAAACAGGCAUCAGCGAAAGUCAGGAGGCCAUAGACGAUUUUAUAAACAAACAGAAAAGUGCAAAUACAAAUAAGAAGACGGCUACUGAUAUGAACACUCUUCUCCGCAACAUGGAAGCUGAUGAUAUGACAAAUGAUAGAAUUGAAAGCCUACAUGUACCUGCAUCGGAGCUUGACCACCUUUUGUCCAAAUUUUUUAUGAACACACGCAGGAAAAAUGGAGGAGAGUAUGAGCCAGCAACAAUUGUCAGUUUUCAGUGCAGUAUACAGCGAUACUUAACUGAGAAGAAAUAUCCAUUCAACAUACUCAAGGACAAUGAGUUUGAAAAAUCGAGAAGCGUACUAGCUGCGAAGUGCAAGCCACUGGUUCAUGAGCACGGCAAAGCAAACAAGCCGCAAGCUGUUAAGGCAAUUGACAAAAACGAAGAAGAUGCUCUUUUUGAAGCGGGAGAAUUCAGCGACUCCAUUCCAGUUGCACUUCAAAGGACUGUAUGGUGGUUUUCAUCCCCACACUUUGAUUUCCAAGCGAGAGGAAAGUCUUAAGUUACACUGGGGAGACGUUCAGCUUCAACAGCAGAAUGAUGGCCAAGAAAUCUUGGUUUGAUUAGCCGAGCAAGGUACAAAGACCCGACAUGGUCAGGAACAAGGGCACCAAAGAGCAUUCCAGCCUAAGCUUUAUGCCACCAAUACAGAGAGAUGUCCAGUCAGCUUCCACAACAAAUUCCGCAAUCAUCAGCCAGUGGAGAUGAAUGCACCAGAAUCACCGUUUUACUUGGCGGUUUAGCAUAACUGACGCUUAAAUGGCAAAGUUUGGUAUAUGAAGGCACCCCCUGGUAAAAAUGAAAUCGGAAAGUUUCUAUCUACUGCAGCAAAGAAUGCUGGCCUUCAGCAAGAAGACAUAGACAUAGACAUAGACAUACUUUAUUUAACGUGGACAAGUACACACUUAGCUGUUCGCUAAAAGAAGGAAAAAGAGUAACAAAUCAUUCCAUCAGGAAAACCUGUAUUUCAAGGCUCCUCGAUGCAGAUGUUCCAGGGAACUUUGUAGCCCAACUGAGUGGCCACAAAAGCAUGGAGAGUUUGCAAUCUUUCAAGUCAGCUAGUUCGAAACACCAAAGGAGGACGUCCUUGACCCUCAGCAGAGUUAACCGUUCUAGAUCCGGAAAUGAACCUAUCUCAAGUGUGCAUAAACAAGAUCUUCAAGUAGCCACUCGCUCGACUACAGAAAUCGCCACAAGCACGACUGAAAAUUCAUUGAUUGAUUAGUAAAAUGAUCCUUUACUGUCUUCUACCACUCCAGUUUUUGCAGGUGCAAACAUAGGAUCCAUCAAUGGAUGUACCUUCCAAACAUUUCAUGGUAUUGUGAAAAUUGUCCAAAAUGAAAAGAAGCGUCGAAUUGUAAUUGAGAGUGAUGAGGACGAUUGACUUUAAGGCUGCUUCUUCAACAGCUAGGUAUAAGUUUGAAUGAUUUUCACAGCAACCAACUUAGACUUUUUUUGAUCCGUAUCUUGUGAUGCGCAAGUUAAAAUAUUCCAGGAUUGACAGAAACUCUUUUCCAAAUUUCAACGACCUCCAGCUGUUGAGACUUUUGUCAAAUUCUGUUACAAAUAGUUCUUGAAGUCGUGUUUAUAUUCAACAUGAUUUACGUUCAAUAAAUUUGUUUUAAAACUUGUGGUAGCUUGUUCUUUCUGAGUUGCUCGUGUCAACAAAAAUCUGUUACAGCGGGAGCCCUUUGAAUUCAAGUGACCAAAUGUAUGUUUUAUCACAAAACAAACAAGUGUGGCCUGAGUGCCAUAUAAUAAACUACUUACUAACCUAUCUAGCUCGAGCCGU